UGUCUGACUUACCUGUGAGGUGUGGGAGCGAGUCUCCUCACGACAUCAAGCCUAACGAACUAUCGGUUACAUAAGCGAAAGCAGAAAUCAGCCUGUUCAGUGAAGUCAUCCUGAAGGCACGGAUCACUUGAACCGCUAAAGAGGGGAUUACAGGAUCUCAUCAUCGCCGUAUGAAGAAGAGAACUGAAAAGUUUGCAAGCCAUUAGGCAUGAUGGCAGACUCUGGAGCCGUGUUGAUUUUGACCUUUAUCGCCACUUUAAUAUCGCAAGCAGCAGGUGUCAGUCCCCCAGGUAAGCCCAGAGUCACAAGCUGUCGCUCUCCAGAGAAGGAGACGUUCACAUGCUGGUGGGAGCCGGGAUAUGAUGGGGACUUGCGUACCACCUACGCCCUCUACUACCGCCUAGAUAACUCUGAGACGGUCUAUGAGUGCCCGGAUUAUAAAACCGCAGGAGACAACUCUUGUUUCUUCAGCAAAAAUGACACGUCGCUGUGGGUUAACUACAACAUCACUGUGGUGGCCACCAAUGCCCUGGGGAAGAACAUUUCAGAUCCCGUGGAGGUGGACGUGGUCUAUAUAGUUCAACCCAACACUCCAGAGAACGUCACCGCUGUAGUGGUUCAUGAGGACCGUGGUCCAUUCGUGAGAGUGUCCUGGGAGAAACCCCGAACCGCAGACACCCGCUCAGGGUGGAUCACGCUAGUUUAUCAACUACAAGUUAAACAAGAAAAAGAUAAAGAAUGGGAGGAGUAUGAUGCCGGAAUGCAGAAGUAUUAUAACGUGUUCAGUCUUCACCCUGGUAAAGAAUACAUGGUGCAGGUGCGAUGCAAACCAGAUCAUGGGUUUUGGAGUGAGUGGACUCAAACCACCUACGUCAAAAUGCCUGACUAUAUAGCCAGAGAGCGCUCACUGUUGAUCAUGGUCACCAUUUUCUCUGUCUUCAUCAUCCUUGUCCUCACUUGGACACUGAACAUGAAGAGAAAGAGUGUGAAGCUAUGUUUGCUGCCUCCUGUGCCUGGACCAAAAAUCAAAGGAUUCGACAAACAGCUGCUAAAGAGUGGGAAGUCAGAGGAAGUUUUCAAUGCUCUGGUCAUACAGGGUUUCCCUCCAACCACCGAUUACGACAACUUGUUGGUGGAGUAUCUUGAGGUGUAUGACAAUGAGGAACAGGAGUUGGUGCUGGAUGGAAAAGACUUAUUAGAAGGCCUGAAGUCCAAAAGUCCUUCGGACAGGGACUCCGGCCGGGGCAGCUGUGACAGUCGCACAUUGCUAUUGGAGAAAUGCAUUGAGGGACGGAAAUUAGCCAGCACUGACCAGCAGCAGUACAGCCAGCAUGGAGAAACUAGCUGGCCAUCUACGGUAAACAGUGAAAGCCAGGGUCCUGAACCUAGUUCUCCGGAAUCAGUCGAUAAAUGCGUCAAGACGUGGCCUGUCGUGUUCUCCUCUCCUCAACCACAACCUCACCAGCACUUCCAAGUAAGAGCAGCCAAACCAGCCUACAGCAGCGUCCCGGAGAUUCUCAGCAUCUCUUCACCGCAUGGCACACCAAGCAACUACCACCAGCUUCAACAUCAAGACAUCCCACCGCAAGAAAGCCGUUUCAGCAAGCCACCCUGCCGACAUUCCCAAAGCUACAGCCAGUUCAACCUGGACAGCAAUGAGCACAAGGUGGAAACUCAGGCUAUUAGCAUACCGCCAUCACGGUCCUUGGAAUACGUUGAGGUACAGAGGGUCAACCCGGAAAAUAUGCUCCUCCUAAGGCCUCUUUCCAACCACAACCGUGAACUUGACAGUUCUGAUUGCACUAGGGAGGACUACAGCAAUGUCAAAGAGGUUACAUCAAACAAUAUGCUAUUACUGCAGAGAGAAAUGUCUCCUCAAUGCCUGGAUGAUUACAGUCAGGACUUGCCCAAUCAAUGCCCAACCCAACAACAACAACAGCUUCACCCAUGCAAACCUGCCGUCCACCAAUCGUACAGUUUAAUGCCACAGGAAGGCAUUAGGUUGAUGGGAAAUGGUUAUGUGGACUCAACAGUCUUGAUGCCGUCCUACUAGCACAUAACCGUUCAAUGCCCCGAAUGCAACAAAAACAAUAAGCUGUCUGCGAAAUUCAAAACUCUUGAGAUUUUAUUCUUGGUCAGACAGCAGACUGACAACAAGCUCAAACCAAGCCCUCAAAGAAGAGCUUUGAUUCCCCCAGCUCUUGAGGUAACAAUUAUUAUAAUUUUUUUUAUAUUUAUACAAAUUAUAUUUACCUAUAAGUGAUUAGAUUAUACUAAAGCGUAAAGAGGGGUCUUGUUUAAGAGCUGAGGCAUCAAAGGAACAAUCCCUUCUCUGUGAACAUUUUUGUGUGUUGAAAACAUGGUAAGAAAGCCGUUAUAUGCAAUGGUUGUGAGAAAUACCUCCACAUGCUUCUAUAUGUGUUUUACAGAUUUAUUUAAUGUGGAGAUGGCACUUAUUACACCAAAUGAUUUGCUUUCUUUAUAUGUAAAAUAUAUUUAUAAUACAUGUCUUAAAGUCAACGUGACAUCAAAAUUGACCCGUUUACAUUCUUUAUCCAUGUUGCUGGUCUUCUUGUCAGCGAUUCUUCAGCACUAAAUUCCAACUAAAAGAAAACUGUUUGAAUUCAUAAUCUUUAAUCGAAAUGUAAAAACUUACACUGCUUCUGAAAUGAUUUUUUUCUGCUGACAUCACGUAGACCGCUAGCUUUCUGACAAUGUUCACCAGUAGUCUAACUAUUUAGAUAUUGUUUUAGCAAAUUCGCAUAGAGGUCUGGCUCCAUUCUGGUAUGUAACGUCCACUUGUCACAAUCCAAUCAAUUUCCAAUGGAUAGAAUCUGUUCCGUCCUACAUUUUUUCCCUCAUUGCAUUUCCUGUUUCACUUAGAAAUAUGUCUUAUUACUGAAGUAAAAUGGGUUGCAAGUACAGUUUCAUGUUGACUUUAUUGAUGUUAUGAGAUUCGAAAACUUAGCGCUUUGCAUAGUUGAGCUCAGCAAUCCACUAUGCAUUAUGUUAUUCUAAACGUAUUUUGCAUCAUGGCACUGUUACGUGUUCAAAGCCACUGUUUUUGUGUUUUUCUCACGCAGAUUAAAAAUCGUGGUCAGUUGCUAUAAUGUACAAGGACUAUUUUCUAUAAACUUAUGUUGAGUAUUGCCAAAACGUACUCCCAGUUUAGAGUUUAUGCUAGAUGGGGUUUAAUAGUAAGCAAGUCACUCCAUGUUUAAACAAAUUUUUAAGCAUAAUUACAAUGACCUGAAACUUCCAAUAUGCAUAUUGUAUAAGCAAGAGAGAAUUAUUUGCUGUCCGAGUUGGUUUUAUCCUACUGUAAUACUAUUGUUGUUAAUUUCGGGAAACAAAUUUCAGUCCAUUCCUGAAACAUUGUGUAAUCUCAGCCAUAUAAUCCAAAUAUAUGUCUUUACGUAUUCAUGUUGCACUAAUGCAAAAGUGAAUACAUGAAAGUGAACUGAUUGUAAACUACUGUCGUUUUAUAGAAUAUGCCUUUAAUAUUUACAACUCUCAGGUGGAGGUAAACUCACUUAAACUCUCCUGCUGAAUGUAUAGUAUGCAUUAUAAGUGUUAUUGGCGCUGAUUUUGAGCGCAAAAGCAUAACCAGUGAAAAAUUACAAAUUAUAAACUGUUGGCAUAUUAUGAAUACAAAUUUUUCCAAAUAUGCUACUGUGUUUUAUCACAGUCAAUGCUCAGAAGUGUGAGUGUGUGUCUGGGUGGGUGUGUUUUCAUUUAAAUGUAAACCCUAUGAGAAUCUAUUUUUCUAAAUCAAUACAUUCAGUUUUACAAUGUGUAUAUUCUAUUGUCAGAGGUGUUAAGAAUUAUGGAUAGCACUCCAUGUUUUUAUGUUUAAUAUAAAAACCAAGAUAACAUUUUUAUAUAAAAAAAGAAAAUUUAAGGGACAGCAUAUAUACUUACAAACAAAAAACAACCACACAUUUAUUAUGUAAUAAAGGGCCCUUAACCACAAAAUAUGAGUUACACAGAGACAAAUUAAUGAAUAUUUUAGCCUAUGCCAGUGCAAAAAACCAACCUCUGACCCACACAUGUGGCCUUAUGUUAUGCAUAAACCUCUAAGGAAAGAGGACCAGGAUGUAUAUUUGGUCUUCAUUUAAACUACAUUUACAUAUAAAAGUGAAAAAUACAAAGGGUUAAACUGUUAUUUAUAUGUAAUGGUACAUUUAUAUGUAACCUAUAGUAUAGAUCAUUUAUAUAUAGAUAUAGUUUUUUGUUGUUUUGUUAGAUUUGCCCAAGCCAUACAAGCAUCAUCCUACACUAACUGUUGAUUUGUGAAUAGUGUGAUAUUUGAUGAUUUCUGUGUUGUUCACCAUGUGUAAAUGCAAAGAUCAUUUAAAUCAUUCUGCAAAGAUUAAGUAAUGAAUCAGAUUUCUUAUGCAACCAUAUUACAGUAUAUUAUACAACUUUUUAAAAUAGAUUCAUAUCUCUAGCAAUGGCAAAUCAACAAAUGUAUGUAUGUGCAUAACAAUAUCUAAUUCAAGGUGAUACCUGGGAAUGGUUUUCAAUGAUAAAACUGGAAUGUAUGAACUCAAGAGAAUGUUUAGAAUGUGAGAUCUGAGAUUUUAAGUCUGAUGAUGUUUAAAUCUUUCCCACUGAAAUCAGUUUUAAUCUCAUGCUACCAAACCUAAAAUUACUCAUAUUAAACAAUGUUCAAAUUGUUUAGAUUUACAAAAUGACACUUGUUGUACACUAAAUGGUGUGUCGUUCAAAUAAUGCCACUAUUUACUUACUUUUUUAAAUUCAAGUCACUAGAGGUGCUGAAAUUACACUUGUGAUGUUAACCUAUUACACGAUGUACAUCAAUUGAAAUGCAUUUUGUGUAAUACAUCCUUACUGCUUUCUGCUUUUCCAUAUUAAACAGUUUUCUUUGUGUUGUGGCAUAGAGCAAAACCAUUAAACACAUUGUCAGAUUUU